AUGUCCCUACGACACGCGUGGUCCCGUUCAGCUCAUCUACUUGGCCGACGAUUAUUGUUGAAAGCCACGACGUCUCCCUCCACAUUUGCCGCCUCAACACGACAAUUGUCCAUCAGUCCCAGUCUUUUCGAGGCCGCCGAGCCGUUCAAGCCAACGCCGGAAGGGGAGAAGAAACGGGAAGAUCAACAACGACGACGAAACAUUGCCAUCGGCGCCUCCCUUUUUAUCGUCUGGGUCUCGACGCACGGGCUAUUGCUAUGGAGGAGACGACGCGAGAAUCGAACCCUCAAUAAAGACCUGCCGCCCAUCGACAUUGAGGAGUUUGUGACGCGUUAUUUGAGCACCGGAAAGGUAAACAAGAUCGUCUACCAGCCGGCAUUCAACGUCGCGAACGUCUACCUGAGCCAUCCGGACGAGCCGAGCAAGGCGAAGGCCAUGGCUAUGUUCUCCUACCUGCCCGACCAAAUUGCUCGCCCGCCCGACGUGCGCUUCGACUUUGACGAGGGCUUCGAUUCGCUGAAGCUGACGUUGGAGGCGGCGAUGAAGGCUUUCUUCCCCGAGGGCAACGCACCGCAGUUCAGCGUCGAAAACGACCAAUUCCCCUCGAUGCGGGAAUUCGGCUUCAUCUUCCUGGCGACACUCUUCACCCUCGCCGCGCUGAUGGCCGGGAAA